UCUCACUUCACUACUCCCAGCCAAGCGCUAGAACAUUGGUGCCCCCCAGCGACAACUCGCCAUCCGACAUCUCUUGCGUCACCUGCUUCAUCUCACCUGUCCAUCGCCGACGACGCACGCACACACACACAAUGGCGCGCAAAGCAGCGGUCAAGUACCGCUCCCUGCGGUCAAACCUCGUGCAUCUCCCGCUCUCGCUGUACGCCUCGCUCGCCCAAUCGCAGACACGCCCACAGAGCCUCAUCCUCCACCUGGCGCCGCUCGUCCCGGGGAGCAGCUCGCGCCGAGCGCCGCAGCCAGCAUAUCUCGGCUGGUCGGGCCUCGCGGCAGCAUCCUCGCUCUCCGGAAUCGGCGGUAACCAGCUCGAGACGCUCGAGGUCGACCCCGAAGUCGCGCUGAGCUACGGCUGGACAGAGGGCACGAUUCUCGAGAUCAGCAUCAUCCACAACCCCACAAAGGCGCGCUCCGUCAGCGUCACCCCGCUGUCGGCGGACGACUGGGAGAUUCUGGAGCAAAAUGCAAACUACCUCGAGAACAACCUGCUCAGCCAGCUGCGCGCCGCGCAGAAGGGCCAGGAGAUUGACGUCUGGGUCAUGGGGCGGACCAAGAUCAGGAUACGAGUUGACGCUACGAACCCCCCGACGACCGCCUCCUCAGUCGUCCUCAUCAACGUAGACACAGAGAUCUACGUCGCGCCCCGUCCACGGGACCUCGAGAAGAAGGCCCAGGUCGAGCCACCCAAGGCUGUCGUGCCUGUGCCCGUUGCGACCCCCGCGUCGUCAUCCAAGCCCAAGGCCAAGGCAGCGAGCAAGAAGGAGGCAUCACUGCGUCUUGUCCCGGCACGGGUCGCCGCGUUGUGGGGAGAGGCCGUCCUCUCGGCGGACGACUACCAGGUUGUUGGCGGCGAGCGCGUUGCUCUCACCGCGCCCGAGACGUUGGCAAAGGUCCGCAGCCGGCUCGGCGAGUCGUCGGAAUCCGGGCCCCUGUUCGUUGCGACUCGCUUGGUUCGGCAAAAGGACGAGAACGAGGAAGCAGAGCAAAAGGAGCCAGAAGCUGAGGGCGCCAAAGAGGAGGAGCAGGAGGAGGCACCACUCGAGGCGUGGCUCGUGGGAUGGGACGAGGCGCCCGCCGGCACCUUUGUGCUCACGGGCGAGGUGGACAAGGAGUGGGAGAACUGGGGAACUGUGACUCUCGCCGCAGCAAAGUCCAAGGGCGGCAAGGCAAAGGCCAACGGGUCGAAGCCACCAGCAGAGUUGACCUUGCAAUCCCCGCCUCGCCCCGUGCUCGCCGGCGUAGACAAGAUUGUCAAGGAUGCUGUCCAGUACCUCGGCCGCGCGGUCCUCACUGGCCAUGCCAAGACGCAGCUGCUUGUGGGAUCCAAGGGCGCGGGCAAGACGGCCAUCGCCAAGGCUAUCGGCGAACAGCUCGAGGCUGACCGGAGUAUCCUUGCUGAACUCAUUUACGAGGACGUUGGACGAUUGGAUCCAGACGACCGCUUGAACAACAUCAAGGAGACGCUCACAAAGUGGAGCGAGAACGCCGCCAAGCACCAGCCAUGUGUCCUGAUUCUCGACAACCUCGACCUGUUGCUGAGCCCAGAGAACGAGCUGUCGGCAUCGUCAAACCCUGCCAUCCUUGCCGAGCUCUACUGCCGGCUCUUCGCGCCGACCGUGCUCCCUCCCGGUGUCAUGGUCCUGGCCACGGCCACUGGCACUGCGUCGCUGCAUCCCUUGCUCACGUCCAAGCACGUGUUCGGUGAGGUGACCAAGGUCAAGCCACCAACACAGGAUGUGCGGAGACAGAUCAUGGAGGUCUUGGUCCAGACGCAGAAGGAGGCGGCCGCUCCCCCAAGGCAACAGGUCAAGGUCGCCGAGGAACCAGUGCUCGACUACGUCGUGCUGGCCACCUUGACUGAGGGCUACUCGGCUUCCGACCUCAGCGACCUCGUCGCUGGCGCUACCCAGCAGUCAAUGAUCCGCGCCGCCAAGAGCAACGAGGACCACUCGUUCCUCACCAUGGAGGACUUUGUGUCGGCACAGGAGGCGUUCACGCCGCUCAGCCUCCGUGGCGUGUCCUUGCAAAAGUCGGACGUCAGGUGGUCCGACAUUGGAGGCUUGCACGAGCCUAGGCAGAUUCUGCGCGAGACGCUCGAGUGGCCGACCAAGUAUGCCAAGAUCUUUGCCAACUCGCCGCUGCGACUGCGUUCUGGUCUCCUGCUCUACGGUUACCCUGGUUGCGGCAAGACACUUCUUGCCUCGGCUGUGGCCCGCGAGACUGGCCUCAACUUCAUCAGCGUCAAGGGUCCCGAGAUCCUCAACAAGUACAUUGGUGCCUCUGAGCAGUCGGUGCGCGACCUUUUCGAGCGUGCCUCGGCUGCCAAGCCAUGUGUGCUGUUCUUCGACGAGUUUGACUCGAUCGCCCCUAAGCGUGGCCACGACAGCACGGGUGUCACCGACCGCGUUGUCAACCAGAUGCUCACGGAGAUGGAUGGUGCGCAGGGUCUCGACGGCGUCUACGUCCUCGCUGCGACUAGCCGUCCCGACCUCAUCGACCCUGCCUUGUUGCGACCCGGUCGUCUGGACAAGGCAGUGCUGUGUGACAUGCCGACCAAGCAGGACCGCCUCGAGAUCAUCGAGUCGUUUGCCAAGAAGCUUACGCUUGCGCCGUCUGUCGACUUGGAAGAGCUCGCCGAGGACACGGCUGGCUUCUCUGGUGCCGACCUCCAGGCGCUGGUGUACAACGCGCACCUGGACGUCGUGCACUCUGUUCUGACCAAGACUGAGGAGGAGGCCCAGCCCAAGGACAAGGGCAAGGGCAAGGCGAAGGGCAAGGGCAAGGCCGUCGAGGGCAAGGAGAACGACAUUCCCAAUGGCGUCGCGGCGGCACCGCCCAAAUUCAGGCAGCUGCAGCCCGAGGAGGCACCUGUCACCUCGGCGGCGCGCACUGCCUUCGCCGAGCGUAUCGACACCAUUGUCAACUCGACCAGCCCGCACACGGCCGAGGAGGACGAGGUGGAGAAGCACAAGAUGGAGACGCCAGUGAUCGAGGAGCGCCACCUGCGCAAGUCGUUGGCGGGCACGCGUCCGUCCGUGUCGGCGACCGAAUAUGCGCGAUUCCACCGAAUCUACGACGCGUUUGUCAACGACCGCGACGGCACCAUGUCGAAUGGGGAUCUUGGACGGGACACGGGGACGCGGUCGUCGUUGAAGUAGAGGAGCGCAGUCGUCGUUGAAGUAGAGGAGCGCA